AAAUGUUGUCUAAGCAUAUAAAUGUGAGCCAGUUUGUUACGAAUCGAAUAACGAAAAGAAAACUUCCAAAUUUCAAUUAAGCCAAAUCGCGAUAAACGUUUCAAGUAAAUAGCAUUCGCCAUGAUGCGCCUUAAGCAAAUCGAACCGGCGCAGGUCGAGAUGCGCGCCAAGGACGAGGUUCGGGCCAGCUUCAUAGUGUUUGCCGUGCUCUGUGCCGCCAUAAGGAUAACUCCGUUCCUGCUGCGCAAGCUCUCCUCUUCCUGAUGACAAGCAACCCAAACUAGGACCCACAACAAAUAAUGACCAGCACUGACCAUUUGAAUUGAAGCAGCAAAUUAAAUUGAAGAGCGCAUUAACUUUCCAUAAAUUUUCAAGUUUUACACAUUAUUUGCGCGUUUUAAGGUUCUGAAGAGGUAGUAGAAUGUAUCGAACGAACAACUAUGUAAUAAUCCUAUAUGCAUCCCUGCUAUGUACA